AUGUCUCUACCGGGUAAUGGAAUAUUCGUUGUGCAGGGCGAGAUGGCCAUGUUGGUCACCGCAAUGCGCAGAAGUACCCGCUGGGGCUCUCAUUCCUUCCCCAACGAAGAAUAUGAUAUGCUGAUGCGAACCUUCCAAGACCUCAAGAUAAUAUUGAACCAAAUGGACGAUUUACGUCUCCUGGACCCUGCAACGUACCUCAGUCCUUUUCUAGAAGUUAUACGAAGCAAGGAGACCACUGGACCUGUGACAAGCCUGGCACUAUCUUCAAUACAUAAAUUUUUGUCAUAUGGGUUGAUUGACCCAACACAUCCAAGUGUACCUGCAACCGUUGAGGAUAUUGCUGAUGCUGUCACUCAUGCCCGGUUUGUUGGUACAGACCACUCAUCAGAUGGUGUUGUUCUAAUGAAAAUAUUACAGGUUUUGAGAACACUAAUGCUGAGCCCCGAGGGAGCUAUGCUGACUGAUGAUAGUGUUUGUGAAAUCAUGCUCAGUUGUUUUCGAAUUUGUUUUGAAACAAGACUAACAGAGCUCCUUCGACGUAAUGCUGAACAAUGUCUUCGUGAUAUGACACAGCUGAUUUUCAUGAGACUUCCUCAGUUCUCUGCAGAGGAUAAUAACACAUUCACGACCGUAGGUCUAUCGCUUAAGAGAAGGGAUAAAUUGAAUAAGAAAAAAUCCCUUACAAAUGCUUAUAGUACAAAUUCUUUAGACAGGAAAUCUCCAGUUACAGAGGCUGUGCCUUGUGAAGUUCAAACAGAUACAGAUGUAAACAAAGCUCCUACAGUUAUCAGGCAGAAUCAAGGCAAGCACGUCAUAAAUGAAGCUGAGAUCACGAUAGAGCCAGCUGAAAAUCGAAGCACUAAACAUGGACGUCAUUCGUCAAUGGAUCUUGCUAAUGGAAACACGCCUAUUAAUCAGCUACUUGAGAAAUGUGUCAGCAAUUCACAGAGUGCUGAGAAAGAAGAAGAAACAAAAGAAGCGGACACAAAAGAAGAUACAGUUCAAGCUGAGGUUACCGAGCCUUGUGAAGAGACAGAGAUGGUGAAACAAGAUGUCGCCGCUGAAGAGAAAGUCGAAGAGUACGUGAACCAUCGUGGCAUCCGAUUUACAGCUCAAGACGACAGCAUGAACUUACAGCCCUAUGGUCUCACUUGCAUACGGGAAAUAUUUAGGUUCCUGAUCUCCUUGUGCAAUCCAUUAGAUACACAGAACACUACGGCGAUGGUCCACUUGGGGCUACAACUGGUGGGCACUGCUCUGGAGGUCUCUGCUGAUCGGUUGUCUCAGUAUCCUUCACUGCUUUAUUUGGUCAAGGAUCCUCUGUGCAGGAACUUGUUGAGCUUAUUGGACACAGAGAGAAUAUCAAUUUACGCCCUCGACCUUCAAAUCUGGUUCCUCUUGUUCGAAGCCCUCCGCAUACACCUCAAAUUUCAAAUGGAAGCGUUCUUCAAGAAAAUAAUCGAAAUAGUCUCCACGGACACGACCAAAGCUAUUUACGAGCUGAAAGAGAUCCACCACAUCACAUUGGAAAACUUAUCGCAGAUGCUGAGGAUACCAGGGUUGUGCACGGAGUUGUACUUGAAUUUCGACUGCGACGUCUAUUGCAUGAACGUUUUCGAGGAGUUGACGAAGCUGCUGUCAAAGAACGUGGUCUCCUCCACGGCUUAUAACAUCCAUUCGUUGUCUUUGGAAGUCAUGAUGACGAUUAUCGAAGCGAUCGAGGUCGGUACAAGUCAGAAAGAGAAGGAGGGUAGUAUUAUUGAGGAGAGAGAUGUGGGAGAGUUCGACCGGGGCGGUCACGUGACUUUGGAAUUGGGCGGGCUGGAUGACGUGUCCGUGGUCAGUGACCACGUGACGCACGAUAUAAGCCAUUACUUCGGCGCAAGAGUGGGAAGGCACAAACCAACCAUGGAUUUACCCACGGAAGCCGAAUUAGAUAACAUAAAGAAUUUGAAAAAGUGGGUGACGCAAGGCACGGAGCUUUUCAACCAGAAACCGGAGCGCGGCAUUGAAUAUUUGCAGGAGCACGGCGUACUGGCGACGCCCUUAGUGCCAUCCGAUGUUGCCGCUUUUCUCAGGGAAAACCCGGACCUCGACAAGAAAAUGAUUGGUGAAUAUAUAUGUAAGCGUUCUUCCCGCGGUGAGGACGACGAUGGCCCGAGUGUGCUCAGCGCUUUCGCAGACAGCUUUGACUAUUCGCGACUUCGCAUUGAACAAGCGCUACGUCUCUACCUGGAGACCUUCCGACUGCCAGGGGAAGCCCCGCUUAUCUUCCUGGUCAUGGAGAAGUUUGCUGAACGUUGGCACACGACAAACGGAUGUCCUUUCGCCAAUACGGAUGCAGCAUUUCGUCUAGCCUACGCAGUCAUCAUGCUGAACAUGGACCAGCACAACCAUAACGCCAAGAAACUCAAUGUUCCCAUGACUGAAGAGGACUUUGUCAGGAACUUGCGCGGCUGCAAUGGUUCUGGAGACUUUCCUACGGAGAUGCUGAAGGAAGUCUUCCAUUCUAUUAAAAAUGAGGAAAUGGUAAUGCCAGCGGAACGCGUCGGACCCGUUCGCGAUGCGUACUUGUGGCGCGUGUUGCAACGGCGAGGCAAGACGGGGGCAGCAAUCUAUCGCCUAAUCCCGCCCUUCCAUCCCCACCAUGCGAGACUUUUGCCCAUAGCUUGUCCACCAGCGGUUACAGCUCUAUCAGCAGCAUUCGAAAGGUCAGUUCCACCGACACCAGAAGAGAUCGAAUCCAAUGCCCGCGAUAGCAGCGCGCUGAUCUCUCUCAACGGACUUGAGCGAUGUGCUGCUCUGGUGGCAAGGUUGCCCGCGGACACUCUCACCAUAGAUACGCUAUUGCUGACUCUGUGCAAGUUCACUGGUCUGUUGUCGCCGCAACACGCCUCUUAUAUCGCCGUUGGAGUAUCAUUAGGACAGUCAAGUAAGGCGCAAUUAGCGCUGAGACGCGCGUGCGCAGUUUGGGCUCGCCAUGGAGAAUGUGUGCGUAGCAGUUGGCGACAUCUGCUGGAAAUCACCAAUACCCUAUACAUAGGGCGACUGUUGCCGAAAAGUUUAGUGGAAACUGAAGAUUAUUUAUCGUCAACGGGCACUGUGUCUUUGAUUCGUGAAGCGGCGAGGGGCGCCGAAAGCGGUCUUCUCUCUAGUAUUUAUUCGUACAUAGCCCUUGGGGAGUCAGGCGUUCGUGCGCCAACGCCACACGAAAAGGCCUUAAUAGAUGCAGCGAUGGAAUGUAUUGGAUCUUGCAAUUUGCCUGGACUCCUCGUUUCCGAGACCAAAUUUUUACCAGUGGAAAGUUUACAGGAACUGAUUCAUGCGAUGGUUACAGUUGGAACUCCACCUGACUCGGACAGUUUGCAGCUGAACCCACAAUUGGAAGAUAUAACCAUAUUCUUUCUUGAACUUCUCGGACAAACCCUUAUUCAGAAUCGUGACCGUCUUCUCGCUGUCUGGGACGAAUCGGGUCCUCACUUGGAGCGUUUAGUUUUCUGGGCCGCGAGUCGCGGUAACUACGCCCUAACCCGAGUGCUGACCGCUCUACUGCGCACCGCCGCGAGACUCAUGCGUUGCGAGCUCUGCGCACCUACCGUGCUUCUUCAUCUGCGGUUGCUUUUCAAACUACCCUACAAACUUUUCUACCAGCAAGCUGAUGUGAUAUCGUGUGGUGUAUACGAAAUAGUGAAGACCUCAGCUCAAAACAUCCACAGCGGAGCGGAGUGGGCGGCCUUGCUUUCGCUUUUGAGCGCGGCUGGCGCCGGUGCCUGGCCGCGGGACGCUGCGAUACAUUCCGGUGAGUACUUGAAUCUAGUAUAA